UCUGUCUCUCUCUCUGUUUUCUUUCUUUGAAAAGCUCUUGAGAUCAGUAUCUGCACCUGCAUUGCAUUAACCAUUAACCAUGUACUCUGAGUCCCUCUACUUCUAGUGAUGUCUGCAUUGUGUUAAACCAACGUUUUGAACCAUAUUGUGUUAAUGGACUAGUUUCUUUUUCGAAUUCCAGUGAUAUCUGCAUUUUAUCCUGUCAACUUCUUUCACAGUCCUAGUUCCAAAUUGCCAACUGAAGGACCCAAUUUAGUUUUACCUCUCUCUCUCUCUGGUUGCAGAAUGAUCUAAAAUCACCUUUUUCCUUGUUUUUGUAUAUAGAGAUACAGAAUGGCUAGAAACAGGGAGGUGGAGCAUGGCAACGAUGUUUUUAUGUCACAACCGCUUAUGGGAACACAAAGUGAAGAAACUGAAUCUCACGUUAAACAUAAAGGGCUAAGGAUGGUUCUACUCACCACGUCGGUUGCCGUUUGUGGCUCUUUUGAAUUUGGGUCUUGUGUGGGAUAUUCUGCACCUACCCAGUUUGGCAUAAUGAAGGAUAUUGGCCUAUCUUUAACUGAGUAUUCUGUUUUUGGAUCAAUACUGAAUAUUGGUGCAGUGAUUGGCGCAAUGACAAGUGGGCAUGUAGCUGAUUUUAUCGGUCGGAAAGGGGCAAUGAGGAUGUCAUCUACCAUUUGCAUUUUAGGAUGGCUUUGGAUCUAUUUGUCUAGGGGGGCUGUUUCACUUGACAUUGGGAGAUUUUUAAUGGGAUAUGGUAUUGGAAUUCUUUCUUAUGUGGUACCUGUUUUCAUAGCUGAAAUAACUCCUAAAAAUCUUCGGGGAGCACUGGCAACAGCAAAUCAGCUCUUGAUAGUUAUUGGAAUAUCAGUUUCCUUUACAUUGGGCGCAUUUCUGACAUGGCGAGCACUAGCUUUAAUUGGUAUAGUUCCAUGUAUUCUUCUUAUUGUGGGACUCCAAUUCAUUCCAGAGUCCCCUAGAUGGCUGGCAAAGGUUAGUCGCAAAAGGGAGUUUGAAAGUGCACUGAGAACUCUUCGUGGGGAGGGUGCUGAUAUUUCUCAAGAAAAGUGUGAAAUUGAGGUUGGUGUUGGGUUGAUGGUGUUUCAACAAUUAGGUGGAAUUAAUGCAAUUGUGUUCUAUGCAAGCCAAAUUUUUGCAUCUGCAGGGUUUCCUCCCAAGGUUGGAAACAUACUUUAUUCCCUUCUUCAGGUUGUGGUAACAGCAUUAGGUGCAAGCUUAAUUGACAGAGCUGGAAGAAGACCUCUCUUACUGGUUUCUGCAUCAGGGUUGUUUCUAGGCAGCUUUCUACUAGGAAUUUCCUUCUAUCUAAAGGCUUCUCAGUUGUCUCUCAAUUGGGUUCCAGUUCUUGCACUCAGUGGUGUCCUGGUCUAUAUAGGCUCCUUCUCAGUGGGAAUGGGAGCAGUUCCUUGGGUUAUAAUGUCUGAGAUUUUUCCCAUAAAUCUGAAAGGAAUUGCAGGAAGUUUGGUGACAUUGGUGAAUUGGCUUGGUUCUUGGCUUGUUUCUUAUACUUUCAACUUUCUCUCUGUCUGGAGCACCUAUGGUGCAUUUUUUGUCUACUCUGCUAUUUGUGCAAUAGGUAUUGGGUUCAUUUUCAAGGUAGUACCAGAGACUAAAGGCCGGACCCUGGAAGAAAUUCAGGCUUCCAUGAACUCUUGAGAAACCUAAUGGUGGAAAGAACAUGUUUGUAGUUGUUUUCAAUGGUUCAUUGAUUUUUCUUUUCCUUUUUAUUGCUGAGAGAUGUAACAGACAGAAAAUAUAUCAGUAGUCACAUUGUUACUGGUGCUUCAUAAAAUCAAAUUUAGUUCCUCAAUAGCAAUUAAG